UCGGUGCGGGUCGCGAUGCCGGUCGCGAUGCCGGGCGCGGUGCGGACGCUGUGCCUGGCCGCGCUGCUGGGCGCGCUGCGGGCCGGCGGCACGGAGCUGACGCUGGAGCUGCCCGACAGCGCCCAGCGCUGCUUCCACCAGGAGCUGGAGAGCGGCGUCAAGUUCACCCUCGACUAUCAGGUGAUCAGCGGAGGACACUAUGAUGUGGACUGCUACGUGGAGGACCCCAACGGCAAGACCAUCUACCAGGAGACCAAGAAGCAGUACGACAGCUUCUCGCACCACACCGAGGUCAAGGGUGUCUACACCUUCUGCUUCAGCAACGAGUUCUCCACCUUCUCCCACAAAAUCGUCUACUUUGACUUCCAGGUGGGCGACGAGCCGCCCAUCCUGCCCGACAUGAACAACCGCGUCACGGCCCUGACACAGCUGGAAUCUGCCUGUGUCACCAUCCACGAGAUGCUGAAGGCAGUGAUCGACUCCCAGACCCACUACCGGCUGCGGGAGGCGCAGGACAGGAGCAGAGCUGAGGAGCUCAAUGGCCGCGUCUCGUACUGGUCAGUGGGGGAAACCCUCAUCCUCUUCGUGGUCAGCAUCGGGCAGGUGAUGCUGCUCAAGAGCUUCUUCACCGAGAAGAGACCCAGCAGCGGCGGAGCUGGCACCUAGAGCUGCUGUGCCUGUGCCCGACUGGAGCAGGCAGUGGGACGGCCCUGGGGCUGCACUGCACCUCUGAUCUGUGCCGUGGGCAGGCGGGGGGUGGGAGCAGGGGGUGACGCUGCUGACAUGUGACACUGCCACCCAAGGACAGGCGUCCCCCAGCAUCACCUCCCACUUGCCAUCGCCCGGCCUACCCUGUCCCCUCGCUGGCCAGCCUGUCCCCGUUCUCUGGCUGCACUGGGAAAGGGGUGGGAUCAGCACCAGCACAGCACUGGGGCACCCAGUGACUGGGAUGUGACUGGGACAUGACCACACACCGCCCCUGAAGCCCUGUGCAGCCACCGAGGGCAGGGGCAGCGCUGGCCCACCCGCGCCCACCCAGUGCCCUCAGCCCCAGGAGAGCUGCCCGUGGGCUGGGGGUCUCUGUCUGCACCCCAGCUGUCCUGUGGCGGGCAGGGUGCUCCCAGCAGCAGGACACAGCAACAGCAGCGUCCAACAAGGGAAGGCUGUUUGUGGGUGGUCCUCUGGCUCGGCCAGCUCCUCUCCUCGCAGCAACUCUCAGGCUGGCAGCAGGUGGAGUGCCCAUACCAGGUGGUAUUUUCAUACUCACACGAGUCUGUGCCUGAGACUCAGCCCCCUCACACGUUCCCCCACACGUGCCAAGGAAGCCCCAUCCCUGCCCCAGAAGCACGGAGGACCCACACACACCUGGGACUGCAGCCCCUCAUUCCCUGGAGCUCCACAAGACCCCUGGAGUGACUGGUGUGCUGGCCCUCCAACCCUCAAGCAGGUGUGAGAUCAUUUUUCAGAGCUGAAGCAACUCCACUGGACUUUGCCACUUUCAAAUAAAUCCCUGCAAGCAUG